AUGAGAUUGAGCUCCAAUGAGGGGCAUACAGGGUACGCAAUGGAGCAACAGAAAGCCCAUGGAUCCUAUGGCGGGAACUACGGGGUGCAAGGUGCUCAACACCGGGGAUACCAGGCCGUACAAAACGAUGGGGUCUGGACAGAGCGGGUCUUGGAUGAAAUGAAGGACAUGCUACUUCUUCUCACACCCCAGGGCCGGAUCGCCUAUGCCAACCCAUCGUGCAAGGAUAUCACGGGAUGUGUCGCAAAACAACUCGAGGGAAGUCUUCUGGCACAGUACAUCCAUGAAGACGACCAGCAAAUCCUCCAGAGAGACAUGGACGAUUCGGUUGCCGCGAAUCAAUCCUUCCGUACCCAUUUACGAUUCCAAAAGACCAACGGCACAUAUUGUCUUAUGGAGGCGUAUGGUCAUCCACAUAUUGCAAAGCAGGAGGAGCAUCAGGCAGGGAGAACCACAACCGCGAAUGGGCCCUGCACGGGCUUUUUCCUCGUAUGUCGGCCAUAUAUAAACAAGGUCUCCCAGCUCCUUGACUCUUUUUUGGAACACAAGAUUGAGAACGCACGCCUGAUGCAACAGAUUGCGAAAUUGAAGCAAGAAGAAGAUGAAGAGGCGACCGCGGCUCGGGGCCAACAAUUCACCCGUUCAGGCGAAAUGUCUAGUGAUCCUGAUACUACGGACACGGUGGGGCCAAAUUCGGAGGAAUCCGACACGAGCCAGUCGACGGGCUAUGGCCCAGGAUCCAAUACCCACGAAGUUUACUCACAUAUUGACGGCAUUGAGGUCAUGACCGGUCUUAACUUUGCAGAGGGCGAGAGAUCGCAAGGCCUCAGUACAGGUGUCAGCCGUGGCCGUCUUGUACACUGCGAUAUCGACAUCACCACAGCUGCAGACCAAGAGCGCAAUGCUCAGGAAGGUGACCGCCGUAAACGGCUCAAGGCCCAGCAUGUCUGCAGCGACUGCGGAACGGCAGACUCGCCGGAAUGGAGAAAAGGGCCUAACGGGCCUAAGACCUUAUGCAAUGCUUGUGGCUUGCGCUGGUCUAAGAAAGAGAAGAAGCGACAGGAGUCGGCCUAA